AUGGCGGCCCCAAAGAUGACCAAGAAUCAGAUGCGAAGGGCUAAGAAGAAGGAGCAGAAGAAGGCCCAAGCAGAGGUUCCUACUACCAAGACCGAGGAACCCACUGAAGCCACUGGACCUGGGGAAAGUGAUGCCACGGCCGAGCCUACGACGACAGACCUCGAAGUGAAGGAGUCCAAGACUGAAGAUGCCGCCCCUGCCGAUGGCCCCGCGCUCGAUACAGAUGGCCUGGAGGAAGAUCCUGCAUAUGCCAUGUACAAGGACAUCUUUAACAAAUUCGGCGCGUCCAUGGAGGAGGAUGAGAUUGCUAAGGAGGCUAAUGCUGGAAACACCGGGACAGUGUUUUACGCCGAUGACGACGAAAUUCCCGACGAGGACGAAGAAAACGCUGGUCAACCUAAGCUAUCAAAAAAGAAGAAGAAGCAGCUCAACAAGCUUUCUAUUGCAGAACUCAAGGCUCUUGUCAAGAUUCCCGAAGUGGUGGAAUGGCAAGAUGUUUCUUCGUCAGACCCUCGAUUGCUCGUGCAGAUCAAGGCUCAGCGCAACGUCGUGCCAGUUCCGACUCAUUGGUCCCUGAAACGAGAGUAUUUAUCCUCUAAGAGAGGUAUCGAGAAGCCGCCAUUCCGCCUCCCACAAUUUAUCGCAGAAACUGGCAUUACAGAGAUGCGUGAUGCCGUCCUUGACAAGCAGUCAGAACAGUCAUUGAAGCAGAAACAGCGUGAGCGCGUUGCUCCCAAGAUGGGCAAACUCGAUAUCGACUACCAAAAACUAUACGACGCUUUCUUCCGUUUCCAGACCAAGCCCGAGUUGACCCGAUUUGGCGAGGUUUACUAUGAAGGAAAGGAGUCUGAGGUUGACUACCAACAUUUCCGCCCCGGUGAUCUUACCGAGGCUACUAAGGAAGCCCUUGGCAUGCCGCCUGGCGCACCACCGCCGUGGCUCAUUAACCAACAACGAUUCGGGCCUCCCCCAUCAUAUCCUACGCUUAAGAUUCCAGGUUUGAAUGCGCCACCACCCGCUGGAGGCUCAUGGGGUUUCCACCCCGGUGGUUGGGGCAAGCCCCCAGUUGAUGAAUUCAACAGGCCUCUAUUCGGUGGAGAUGUUUUUGGCCUUGCAGCGUCAGGCGGGCAAGGUCAGGGUGCGGCACAAAUCCUGACAGGGGCUGGUGAGCCUGUUGAGAAGAACCUGUGGGGUGAGUUGCAGCCCCGCGAGGAGGAGUCAGAAGAAGAGGAGGAAGAAUCGGACGAAGAGGAGGAAGAGGAUGAUGAGGAUGUCCCUGGCGGAACUGAAACACCCAGUGGUCUUGAGACUCCUGGCGGUUAUGCCAGUACUGUACAGCCCGACUACGGGCAAGGUGUCGAGACAUCCAUCGCAGGUGAGAUGGAUCUACGCAAGGAGCGCCGUGGAUACGAUACGGAGGAGUCGAGCGCACCUCGAUCCGCCUACACAGUCUUGCCAGAGCGGCAAGUCCGUGCCGAAGGUUUCUUUGGUAGCGACAGAGUAUAUGAUCUUAAGCAGAAUCAAGCAGCGCAGCGAGCAGGCGUGCCUGUGCUUGGUGCUGAUGACGACACGCGCAAGCGCAAGAAGCCUGGUGACAUCGAUGUUGCUCUCGAUGUUGACUCUUUGCACAACAACGAUGGAAUUAGCAAGGAUGACCUGCGGCGCAAGUUCGAGGAGGGUAAGAAGGAAGAGGGUGUCGGAGCCAAGUGGGCUUAUGACGAUGACUUGAGUGAAAUGAUUGCCCAAGAGAGUCGAAAGAGGCAGAAGACAGAGGCGGAGCGUAAUGAGAAGCGAAGGGAGGGCAAGGGCAGGUUUUAA